GUGCCGCCGCUGGGGGGCGCUGCUCGGACGGGGGGCGCGCGGGGAGCGGUUAAACCGCGGCGGGGUGAAGGGAGCGAGUGCGCCGCUGCCGGUGGGCAGGGCAGUGCAGGUGGCCAUGGGCGAGCAGAACGCUGUGAUAAAGGACACGGACAUGCUGGAGGAGAUGCAGCAGCAGGCCGUGGAGUGCGCUAUUUUGGCCAUAGAGAAGUACAGUGUUGAAAAAGAAAUUGCUGCCCUUAUAAAGAGGGAGUUUGAGAAGAAGUACAGCCCCACUUGGCACUGCGUUGUGGGAAGGAAGUUUGGCAGCUACGUGUCUCAUGAGACCAAGCACUUCAUUUUCUUCCUGGUGCGUGGCCUGAACGUGCUUCUGUUCAAAGCUGGGUAGCAGCCGGCCUGCUGGGAGCCACAGUGCUGUGCAGCCCACCGGGCAGCAGGCCUUGUGCUGCGGGUGAUGGUGCGGUGCUUCUGGGGCUUUGUUGUGUUCGGCAUGGAGAAAGAAAAUAGUUAUUUGCAUUUAUUUUCUUUCCAAAGCCAGCUCCUUCAUUAAAAAUGUUGUGUUUACAUGU